AUGAAUGGCCAACAAGUUUUACCUUCUAUUUCUCAACUGUUAACUAUCUCUCAGCCAAGUAGUGAGUCAUCCAAUAAUACCAACAACACAUCACCACCACCACAACAACAAAACAUUUUGAAUAACCGUAGCAAUAGCAAUUAUGGUAAUAAUUCAACUCCGACAGUAACUCCAGUCCCUAAAAGAUUCAUCACUUUACCUCCCUUAGUUCCUUCUAUGAAUUUGAAUUCAAAUGUGGAUGUAGGCGUUCAAAUUAAUAACAACGCAACCACUACCGCCGCUGCUCCUUCUUCCAACAAUGUAAACACACAAAUACCUUCUCCUUCACCAGCACAAGGUCCAUUUAUUCAAAAACAUUUCUCCAACAGUGCAAACCUUUUGAUCGCUAACGAUUCUAAUUCUAUUCUAAACACUCCUCCACCAACACGUUCCUCAAGCUCCAGUAGUACAACAGGUCCUAUGAUGAUGAACACUCAACAACACCCUCAUCAUCCUUUGCAAAAUUCACAACCACACCCUCAAUACACUCAAGUUCCACAAACUCAACCCCAUUUACAUCCACAACAUAUCAAUAUUAAUAUUAACAAACAAAUUGCAGCUGCCAAUGCAGUUGCAUCUUUAAACAUGAACAAUCAAGUCCCAUCCCCAUCCACUCCUUCUGUUAAGGCUAAAAGACCUGAUGUAUUCACUCCAUUAUCUGCUGCAGCAAAGGCUAUUAUUACUCCUUGUACAAACGACAAGAAGAGAGCAUUUGCCUUUAUCACUCAUUCUCAAGAAACUUUCCCCAAACGUGAACCCAAAAUUGAUAAUGCUCCUCUAGCUAGACGUAAGAGACGUAGAACUUCCACUCAUGAAUUAAAUAUUUUACAAAAUGAAUUUCAAAUUUGUCCUACUCCGACUAAAAAUAGAAGAUGUGAAUUAGCUCAAGUUUGUAAUAUGAGUGAAAAAGCUGUUCAAAUUUGGUUUCAAAAUAAAAGACAAAGUGUUAAAAGACAUAAUAAACAGCAUCUAUCUUCUUCAAACUUAUCCAAUAAAUCAAUGGAUGAAAGCUUAGAAAAUAGUGAUGAUCAUUCCAAUUCUAAUAAUUCUACUCCAUUACAACCAACUACUCCUUCCUCAAAUAAAAGAAUUGUUAAUUCUAAUACUUCUAAAUCAUCACCAAAUCAUACCAUCAAAAUCAUUGGCAAUAAAAAUGAUUUGGAAAAAAAUAAAGAAAAUAUCGAAAUUAGUCCAAGUAGAACUCCAGGGAAAAGAUCUCAAGCUUUAACUUUCCAUCUAAAAUCUGAUAUGAAGAUAUUAACUCCAAUUAAGACUUCUCCAAACACUAGAGUCAACAAAUUGAUCAAUGGCUCUAACCCAAGUGUUAAUUUCAAUGUUAAUACUGGUAAUAAUGAAGCCAUGGAUAACGAAAAUAAUUUAACUCCAACAAAAAGAAGAGGUAAAGUUUUAGCUGACUUGGGUAACAGAAUCCAAUAG